AUGCUUUGGCCUUGGCUGCUUCUGGGGCUUUGUGUCCCCACUCGCGCCGCCUAUUUCUUUGUGGAGGAGGGAUCCGAGAGGUGCUUCCAGCAGGAGGUCUUAGAAAACCAGAUCUUGAGAGUCAUCUACAACAUGAAUGACAAGGAGGUUCUGCCGCUGGCAGAGUGUCGAAUCCUCGUGAAAAGUCCAUCUGACGAGGUGGUGAAGGACCAUGCUCUCGUCGAUGGAAACACAGGGGCAUUAGCCUUGCUUCCCAAAGCGACGGGGACCCACAGCAUCUGCGUGCACUGCGCAGCACAGGGCUCUUCGAUCCUGGACUUUGGUCGCGGAAGGAAGCUGCGCUGGUCCAUCGCCUUCGAUGUGCUUGGCGCUUCCAGCAUGGGCCUGCUGCCGGACCCGAAGAACGCAGCCAGCCUCUCCCUGUUGAAAGGCACACAGGCCCAGGUGGACUUGAUCUUGGAAAGGAUAAGUGCCAUCAGCACGGAGAAUGACUAUGAGAAAAGCUUUGAGGCAAAGUUUGUGAAGACUUCAGAGGCCGUCAAUAUGGAUGUUGCAGCCUUCAAGUUUCUGCAGAUCCUGCUCAUUACGGGUGUGGCUGCUUUUCAGAUCCACAACCUGGCCAAGUUCCUGCAAAGGAACAAGUUCUUGGAGUGCUGCCUCCCAAUGGCCAUGCGCAGCAAGCCCGCUGUCUGA